AUGGAUCGCUCCGCAGCCAGGCCGGCCAACUUCCUGGCCACGGACGCCGUCGCCCGCUCCUCCUCGAGGACAUUGUUAGAGCGUUCCCCCGCUGUUGCAGGCAUCGCCAACGACUGGUCGGACCACGCGCUGUGGUGGCCGGCGCGCAACGUGUGGCUGUCGCGCACGCGCUCCACGCUCGACCAGUACGGCGUGCAGGCGGACGCGCUGCUCGACUUCACGCCGAUGCACAAGACGCUGCGCGUCCAGCUGCCCGACCUGCGCUACCUCGACUGCCGCGUCGACUUCUCCAUCAAGACCUUCAACGCGGUCGUCAACCUCUGCAAGGAGCUCGGCAUCCGGCACCCGGAGGAGCUGUCGUUGUGCAAGCCGCUGGAAGCGAACCACCUCAAGUACAACCUGAAGGACAUGCCGUGCGCCAAGAAGCGGUCGCAGGGCGACACGCGGGCCUCCAACGGAGUGCCGGCCGACACGAACACGUUCGUGGCGGCGCAGGGCGGAGGGCCCAGCCCUGCGGGCUCGACGGGCAGCCUGGAGCGCGGCGGGGGCGGCGGCCAGCCCUUCCUGUGCGCGCCCGUCACGCCGCACCGCGCCGCCCACAACGCGCACGCCUCGCCCAUCGGCUCGCCCGUCACACCGACGGGAACGUGGAAGCGCAACAAUCCUUCGCCGGGCUUCACGGACCUGAAUGGGACGUACUCCCCAAAUGCAAACACGAGCGUGUCACUGGAGAUGCUCAACGGUAGCCUCGACUCUUCGCUGGCUCACAGUCCGGCACACCCCAGCCCUGAGGUGCGCGCCAGGCAGCUGCGACCCCGCAGUCUGGUGGAGCGUGCACGCAUGAAUGUCGCGUGGCUAGACUCGUCUCUAUCAAUUAUGGAACAGGGUGUCCGUGAAUUUGACACGCUUUGCUUGAGAUUCAAAUUCUAUUCAUUUUAUGACCUUAAUGUGAAAUAUGAUGCAGUCAGAAUCAAUCAAAUAUAUGAGCAAGCCAAGUGGCAGCUGCUAAAUGAAGAAAUUGACUGUACUGAAGAAGAAAUGCUGAUGUUUGCAGCCCUACAGGUGCAAGUGACACUUCAGUCCAGUGUGCCACAGCCAGCAAUGGAUAACAGCAACAAUGUAAUAGAGGAUGAUAUUGAUGCAGCCCUCACAGAUCUCCAAGUGACACUUGAGGGCACAUAUAUCAACAACACUCAUGAUGACAUCACUCAAGUGCCAGAGCUAAAUGAUUAUCUUCGGUUUCUAAAACCAAAACGUUUUACACUAAAGGCAUUUAAGAAGUAUUGGUUUACAUGUCGAGAUCUACAUCUAGCAUACUACAAAAGUCAUGAAGAUGCACACACAGGACAGCCAAUACAAAAAAUUAAUCUAAGGGGCUGCGAAGUAACUCCUGAAGUUAAUAUUGCCCAAGGAAAAUAUGGAAUAAAACUGGAAGUACCAAGUGCAGAAGGAAUGACAGAAAUGUGGAUUAGAUGUGAUUCUGAAGACCAGUAUGCAAGAUGGAUGGCAGCAUGUAGACUAGCUUCCAAAGGGCGUUCACUUGCUGACAGUUCAUAUGAGGCAGAAGUUAAAUCCAUAGAGGCUUUCCUACAGAUGCAGCAUCCUGCACCUGCACCUGCAAUAAACCCAUCUUCACUGGAUAUUGUACCAGAAGACUAUGUCGCACCACGAUUUUCUCGCAAGCUUAAAGGAAAGCUUGUUCAAAGAAUUUUGGAGGCUCAUGCCAAUGUGAAAGAUCUGCCACUCAUUGAAGCAAAAAUGAAUUACAUCAAAGCUUGGCAGUCACUUCCUGAAUAUGGAAUCUCACUGUUUAUUGUGAAAUUUAUGGGCCACAAGAAAGAGGAAUUGCUUGGAGUUGCUUACAACAGGUUAAUGAGAAUGGAGAUCAACACUGGAGAUCACAUCAAAACUUGGAGAUACAAUACAAUGAAGGCAUGGAAUGUUAACUGGGAAGUUAAACACAUGAUGGUCCAGUUUGAAGAGGAAAACAUUAUUUUCAGUUGUCUCUCAGCUGACUGCAAAGUUAUCCAUGAAUUCAUUGGAGGAUAUAUAUUUUUGUCUAUGAGAUCCAAGGAAGCAAAUCAGACACUCAAUGAAGAAAUGUUCCACAAAUUGACUGGUGGGUGGGUCUGAGUCACCAACUAGAACAUUUUUUACGUAAAUGCAAGACACAAGUAAACAUGCAACAAGGUGCCUUCUACAACUGUGAACAUAUAUAUGAUCAAAGUUGAAAUAUGACAUUUAAUAUGAGCUUUGGCAACAUUAUUUUUAAAAGAGAAGUAUUUUUAAUGUUUGAAAAUUUUGAAGUUUAAAUAAAGUUUACUGUAACAAAGAGCAAUAAUAUAUUUCAAAUUGUUGGAUGUUCAUCAGGCUGGUUUUUUUAAAUGAGACUUGCCAUUAUUAUAUUGUAAUGUUGGCUUCAUGUUUUUUCUUGUUGUUGCAUUAGGUUUGGUUUAAGAAUCUGAUAUAAAAUCAGCUACAAGAGCUUACUAACCAAAUAAGAUUCAGUCUCAAAUUGGUGAUACAGCUAGGAAGUAACUGCAAAUAUGUUUAUUUGUUUAAUGAAAUUUCUUAAGAGAGAGAGAGAGAGAGAGAGAGAGAGAGAGAGAGAGCGG